CCCCGCUUCCCGCCCGCUCAAACGGCCAUUGUUUUUCGAGUUUCAUCCGCAGCCACAGUGCAAAAUAGGUUUAUCAAUUUAAUUUAAGUGUUAAAGUAGUUCUAAAGUGUUGUUUUAAGUCGCGCCCAGACCAGCGCAUGCCCCGCCAGCGAAUGCUCCACACAGAUGUCCUUGUGGGAGAAACGGGACACGAGUUUUCAUUGAUGUGAUUUCUAGGUUUACGUCUCGCCAAAGUACGAAAAUACAUCAUCGGAAGUUGCAGCUGCACUCUACGAAUUCACAACUAGAUCCAAGAUGCAACACAACGUACACGCCGCCCGACCAGCGCCACACAUUCGUGCUGCCCACCAUCACAGCCACACCCACAACCACAGCCACGGUCAUGGCCACAUGCAGCUACACCCUGGUAUGGAGCAGCACUUGGCGCCACAGGGACCACACCGCGAUCAUCAUCAUGCACGCUUGAAUCAUAUCCACAUUCAACAGCAGCAGCAGCAACAACAGCAGCAGCAGCAGCAACAGCAGCAGCCGACGCCGACGAAUCCCGCUGCUGGGGCUGCCUACCAUCACGGCAACACUUCCGGCAACAGCAACACAACCAGCAACACCAGCAAUACCAAUCAGAUGCAAAAGAUUCGUCAGCAGCACCAGCAUCUGAGCAAUAGCAACGGACACCUUGGUAGCCAGCCGCCACAGGGCUUUAGCCACAAUCACCUGGCUGCCAACCCGGCUGCCCUGGCCUACAACCAGCUUCCGCCCCAUCACCACCCGCCGCCACCGCCGCCUCAUCACAUGGCUGCCCAUCUGGGCAGCUAUGCCGCUCCCCCGCCCCACUACUACAUGAGCCAGGCCAAGCCCUCGAAGUACGGACACUACCCCAGCAAUGGCACCAGCAACAACGUCACCAACAACAGCGGGGGCACCUAUGCCCCUAAAGCCAUUCUGCAGAAUACGUUUAGGAACACCAAGGUGGCUCCACCCCCAGCGGUGGCCCCUGCAAUCCACCCAGAAGCAGUCGAAGCCCCUGUUCAGGUUAGCAACAACAGCAGCAGCAUCAGUCACCCCAGCAACACCAACACCACCAGCAAGGUCAAUGAUCCCCCGAUUGAGGAAGACACUUUACUCGAAGCGGAGACCACAGAGGAAUCACCUCCCUCGUUGGACGGCUGCAGCAGCACCGAACACAUAGACGCCGCCGGCACAAUACACAACGAAGAGAGUGGCAGUUCCACACGCGGCGCCAAGGACAAGACGCCCAUGUGCCUGGUCAACGAGCUGGCCAGGUACAACAAGAUCACUCACCAGUACAGACUGACAGGAGAGCGCGGACCUGCGCACUGCAAGACCUUCACUGUCACCUUGAAGCUAGGCGAGGAGGAGUACUCGGCGGACGGGUUCAAGAUCAAGAAGGCGCAGCACUUGGCUGCCAGCAAGGCUAUCGAGGAGACCAAGUACAAGCACCCUCCGCCCAAGAUCCGGCGCAGCGAUGAGGGCAGCAGUACGCGAACCCAUAUCACGCCCACAGUUGAACUGAACGCCCUGGCCAUGAAGCUGUGCCAGCGCACCUACUAUCUGCUGGAUCCAACGCAGAUCCCGCCGGCGGACCCUAUGCUCCUGCCGGAGUAUGGUGCGACCCCGCUGCUGCCGACGCCGGGUCCUGGAAUGCCGCCUCAGGCACCGCCGCCGGCGUAUGCUUUGCGGCAAAGACAUGGCAACGGAUUCGUUCCUAUACCCUCGCCACCAAUGCAUCCGCAUGGCUUCUACCAUGGUCCCGGCCAGCGACCGUUUCCCCCGAAAUUCCCUUCGCGCUUCGCCCUGCCGCCACCGCUGGGCGCCCACAUGCUGCAUGGCCCGAACGGACCUUACCCUCCCCUGCCCACAGUACCCAGCAAGAUCACACUGUUUGUGGGCAAGCAGAAGUUCGUGGGCAUCGGGCGUACCCUGCAGCAGGCCAAGCACGAUGCGGCUGCCAGGGCGCUGCAGGUGCUUAAGACGCAGGCGAACUCUGCUUCUGAGGAGGCUCUCGACGACUCGAUGGACGAGGGCGAUAAGAAGUCGCCCAUUUCUCAGGUGCACGAGAUCGGAAUCAAGCGGAGCAUGACCGUGCACUUCAAGGUCCUGCGAGAGGAGGGUCCCGCGCACAUGAAAAACUUCAUAACGGCAUGUAUCGUGGGCUCCAUCGUUACCGAGGGCGAGGGCAACGGCAAGAAGCUCUCCAAGAAGCGCGCCGCCGAGAAGAUGCUUGUCGAGCUACAGAAACUGCCGCCACUAACGCCUACCAAACAGACUCCCCUAAAGAGGAUCAAGGUGAAAACAUCGGGUAAGACGGCCGGAACAGCUGCAGGAGGGGCAUCAACAGGUGCAGCAGGAGCAGCAGCAACAGGACCCGAAGCGGCUACCCUGGCGGUCAAGACGGAGAGGCGUAAGCGCCUGAAUGUGGCCAUUAAGGAGAAGCCAGUGGAGUUGGACGAUGCUGAGAAUCCCAUCACGAAGGUAAUCCAGCUGCAGCAGAUGCGCAAGGAGAAGGAGCCCAUCUUCGAGCUGAUAGCCAAGAAUGGAAACGAAACAUCGCGACGACGCGAAUUCGUCAUGGAGGUCUCCGCCAGCGGCAGUACAGCCCGAGGAACAGGCAACAGCAAGAAGCUGGCCAAGAGGAAUGCGGCACAGGCUCUUUUGGAACUGCUGGAAGCUGCCGAUCCCACUCCCAGUAAUGAAACCCAGCCAACCGGCGAGGGCAGCUCCACGGCCACCGUGUCGGUGGUCACAGCGCCUUCGAUAGAAACAACUGCAGGCGGCGAAGUGCCCAUGAUCUCCACGCCUGCGGGACCCAUGCCGGGCAUUCUAAUUUUGCGACAAAACAAGAAACCAGCGAAAAAGAAGGACCAGGUUCUGACUGCCAAGGCCAAUAUGGAGUCAAAGGAGGAGGAGACCAAAAAGGAUACAGCUGCGGCCACAGAGAAUAACAGCAGCAACAACAACAACAGCAGUAGCAGCAGCAGCAGCAGUAGUAGUAGUGGUAGCAGUGUUAGUGGCAGCAACGAUUCCCAAGCCACUGAGGCGGCCAGUGAGAGUGUGUUGAACACCUCAAGUGGCAGCAACACCAGCGGUGUGAGCAGCAACAGUAGCAAUGCCAGUGCACCCACCACCAGCAGCAGUGUCGGCAAUAAUAGCAAUGCCCAGAGUGCCGGAGUUCAUAUGAAGGAGGAACUAUUGUACCUCAGCAAGUUGCUGGAAUUCGAGGUCAACUUCUCGGACUAUCCCAAGGGCAAUCACAACGAGUUCCUGACCAUUGUGACCCUGUCCACGAAUCCACCACAGAUCUGUCAUGGGGUUGGUAAGAGCUCCGAUGAAUCGCAGAACGAUGCGGCCCGCAAUGCUUUGAAAAUCCUCAGUGAACUGGGCCUCAACAAUGCCAAGAAAUAAUCACAAAUAGGUUGAAGGACCCGCCAACUUAAGCCCUAUUAACUGCAAUUUUUGUUGUUGCACAUAUGCAAGAGAAAAGCAAAGCAAAAAACAAACGAAAUACCCGUCCACAAAGCAAACCUUAAACAAAAAUCCAAAAACCAAGCUGUGUGCAAAUUCAAAAAAAAAAAAAAAGAAAGAAAAAAGUGAAACAAUUGAAGAGGAAACAGUACUUUUUGAAAUAGCAAAUUAUUAGUUAAUACCUAUUUAUUUAUUUAUGUGCAAGUUGUGCAAACUGGUGUUAUUAUUUUAUUUAUUUGUUGUUGAGAAUUGAUUAUCGAAUCGAACUGAAAAUAUAAUCGAAAUCGAGCACUGAACAGAGCCCCGAAAACGUUAAUCCAAAUCGAGAAUCGAACAAUAACUAGCCUUAAAAAUGCCCCAACAAAAUACUGAAUGCAGAAGCAUAUGUUUGCAGCAAAUACAUAUGCCUAAAGUUGUAAGAUUAAAGCUGAAAUGUUGCAAGCUCAAUAUAACCACUUGAAUUGAAUUGAUGAACAAAGGACUAUUGAUACCUCUUAGUUGCAUGCGGCGAACGCUUUCAAAAAUAAAUACAAAAUUUCUUAGCACCCACAGAGUGCAGGACAAAAUUUGUAGAACAGAGUCAGAGUCAGAAGUCGGAGAAGAACCAGAACGUGAACGUGAACAAAUUUUUGAUUUAUUUUUCAAAGCAACACUACCAUUAACCGCUUGUGGUCGAAUGCUUGAUGAAACUCGUCGAAUAAUGAAUCUAUUAUACUUAUAUUAUAUUAAGUGUUAAGCUUAAGCAUCGGCGAUUGUCGAGAAUGUCGCAUACACCAUGCACCUGUCAAUAGGCCCAGAUAUCCAGCAAAGAUUUCGGAAACAGAGAUGCCAAAAAUUUUGCUAGAAUUUGCAGCUGGACAGGACAUGACAUGGCAGGCGAUAUACACGCUGAAACUUAAAUAAUAAAAUACAAUUUACAUAAUCGUUAUAAUUAUAAUUAUGAAUGUUUAAAAAGCCAUUUUUGUAAAUGUUCAGCUUUUGGCUAGUACUCUCAAGCAGCUAAAAGCUGAACAUCCUUAUGAAUAAUGAAUCGUGUUGUUUAAUCUACUAUGUUUUGUCCCCAAUUUACAUAUAUUUUUUGUUUGUUUUGUGCACCGUUUUAUCUUAGCUAUGUUUCUUCCAAAACCCACCCAUAUAUCCUCAUACACAUACAUAUAUAUAUUUAUUUAUAUAUAUAUAUAUAAGGAAGUCGAAAUUUCAGUACAAUAGUUUUUAAAUGCUUUCGCCCGUUGUCGCCAAGUCGUCCCUUAAACAGCACCAGUUGAUUAAGCGUUAAGUUGCAUUAUGUAAAAUGUAUUUUGUCUAAGCAAUCGCGUCGGCAACAAUGUGCAUGAUUCGCGCUUUGCGAUCCUAUCCUAUAUACUAAGUGUAAGCCCCAAGCGAAUUGUUACCGUUGAACAAAAUUGAAAGUCAUACCCAGUAUUAAAUGUAUAGAUAAGGGCAAUAACAAUCAGCAACACCCCCAACAAAUAUUAGACAACAACUCUGGACAACAUCGUGCACAUUGUUUGCUUCACACAAAAGCUGUUCAUUUUGUUAGAAGAUUUUGCAGACUCCAUUAUGGUGGAUGGUUCCGAGAUCGAAGAAUGAGAAGCUCAACGCAUGCUUUGCAAAAUCUUCACAAAAUUGAUUGAAAUUGUUAAUUUUAAAGUGAGAUUUAUUCACACUAACAAGAGAACAGAGAGCGUGAAGAUCUUUUUAAAAAAAAAAACACCAAAUAAAGGCAUAGGAAGUAAAGAAUGCGCAUUAGGAGAGAACACAUUUAUUAGUCUUAAGCCCCACAGAACAACAACCCCCAGAAAACAGUCACUCAUUUAGUUUUGUCUUUAUCUGUAACGCGACAUACAUCCAUGUUAUAUAUCGUAAACAUUAUAAUAUAAAACAAAAACAACCUAUAAUGAAACUAUGUAAAAUGUAAUUAUACAAAUAAACAGUGAAAUAAAGUUGAA